AUGAUUGUUAUUCUCUUCACUUUCUAUUUUUCAUGUUUUGGUAAAACUCUCAUUUGUGGUGAGACAAUAAUUAGAGAAGAUCAAAAGAUUACUUAUGUGAACUUUAAACAAUAUCAAUAUGAUAUUUGUAUGACUGAAAAUGGUCAACACUUAAAAGUAAAUAAAAACAAUGACAUCUAUGAAAUGAAAUAUUAUGAUAAUGAUUGUACUGUUCAACAAGGAAAUUCUAUUGAAUUAAGUAAUUGUAGUGAGGUUGAUCAAUUACCUGAUUAUAAUAUUACAAUAAGUUUAUUCAGCCAAACCGAAGAAUGUAAUGAAUUAGAAACAACAGUUAAACAAUAUAUAUUGUUAGAUACAUGUUAUAACAAAACUAAGUACAUAAGAGAUGGUACUACUGUCAGUUGGAAGCGAUAUGUUGAUGAUGAUUGUACUGUAAAUAAUCCAGUAUUUAUUUCUUAUAAAAUAAAGUGUAAUACAUGUAAUAAUAAUAAUCAAUUUACGAAUGGAAAAGCAAUGGUAAAAUGUAUGUUACCUGAAAAUGAUUAUAUAUGUGGUAAAAAGAGUAUAAACAAUGAGCGACAAAUAUUUACAACAUUUACAACAGGUUUAUGUGUUAGAAACGGAGAGUUGUCAUCAUACAAAUACUACAAUGAAAUAGAUAAUGAUGCUAUUGUUAUUAAAUUGAAUUCUUAUAGUGAUUCAUCUGAUUGUUCAACUACUCCAACUACAACUAAACCAAACAUAGAUGAUUGUGAAAUUGGGUCACUUAAUGAAUAUGAUGGUUAUUUAAUUACUCAAAUGGAAAAUGAAUGUAGUGAUGAACAAUAUGCAGAAAAAUAUUAUUUUAAAACUGGUGUAUGUUUAAAUAAACAAAGAUAUGAAAACACAAAAGAUGGGCUUAAUGUUAUUACAUACAAUGAAGACACCUGUGAAACUAUCAAUAAAAAAACCACUUUUAAAUGUAUGUCAUGUGAUGAAACUAAUAAACAGGUUAUUCACUGUGAAGAAGUUAAACAAAUGUUUUGCUCACAUAAAAAUUCAAAUGGCCAAGUAAAUGAAGUAGAACCAUUUUGGAUCAACGCCUGUAAUCCAUCAUCAAAUGGGCUUUAUGAGAAAGUUAUUUUAAAAGAUCAAAAAUAUAAUGUGUAUCGAUACAGUUCAAUGUAUUGUAAUGGAACAAAAUUUCUUCUCACUAGUUUUAAAGAAGAGGAGUGUAUUUCUUCUUAUACUCCAUUAAAAGAUGUAACAAAAAAAUAUUGUCUUAACAACAAUUGCGAAGAAGGAACAAAAGAAAUUGAUAUUAUAACUGAUAUUUGUGUAAAUAAACAAAAAUAUUCAAUAGGAAAUAAUAAAAUUGUUUUAACUAGAUAUACAGACGAAGGUUGUACUAUCAUUUCUAACACAAACCAAUACCCAAAUGGAAAUAUCUCUCUUAAUGGAAUAGACUUAGUAAUUUUCAGUUAUACAAGAGGAAAUAAAAUAUAUUGUGGUAAAAGGAAUAAUGAAGGAAAAGCAGGAUAUACUAUUAUGUAUUAUUUAAAUGAAUGUAUAAGAAGGGAUAAUAAUACUUUUAUAAAAAUGGAACUAAAUGAUAAAUAUCAAAUUACUCAAUAUAAUGAUAGUGGAUGUACAUUAUAUAAUUCUAAAAAACAAUUUGAGGUCUUUGAAACUAAUGAAUGUACAGAUAAAAUUGAUAAUAUUAUUGCUACAGAAUAUUCAUUAUUAAAUAAUCAAUGUAACAGUAUUACAAGUGAAGAAAUUAAAUUAUAUCAUAGUGACAUUUGUAUUGAUUCAAUUAAGUAUCAAUGGGAUAAAGGUAAUUUAAUUAGAGAGAAAUAUAAUGAUAAUUUAUGUGAAGGAAAGAUUAAAGAAAGUAUUGAAUUAGAGUGUGAUAAAUGUCAUAUUAAUAAUUCAUCACCUGACAUUUCAAAUAGUAUAAUUAAUUGUACAACAGUUAUACAAAAUGAUGAAUUGGUUAUUUGUGGAAUAAGAAAUAGAGAUACUUCAGCUGUUUCAUCUUUUUAUCAAUAUAAUUUAAAUAAAUGUUACAAAACAUCUAAAAAGACAUCAAUAAUGGUUUUUAAAGUAUCUAAUCAAAAUCAUUAUACAUUAAGAACAUUUUCAUCUUCAAAUAAUUGUAAAGGAGGAGAA